CUUUAGGACCCAGAGAGGCUCCUGCCACUGAACCCCAAAAACCAUUAAAAUUCCUUUUUUCUAAGCUUUCCACUCCCACAUACACACGCACACUCAGGCCAAAUAAAGCUACGUGCCGAGAGACAUGUCUCCGCUUUUGCGCUGUGGAUAAAAAGGAGCACGAGCUGGUUUAACGGAUACAAAGGCGGGACUGAAGAUGGCCUAUGUGUGUGUGUUCGUGCUUCUGUACGUGGCUGCGCUCGUGCCCGUAGUUCGAUGUCAAUAUGAGCACUACAGCCCGGAGGAUUUCCCGCACGCGGAUCUGAUGCCACUGGACUCGGCGUACGGUUUCGCUCUGGAGCGCUAUGGCGUGCGGGACUGGGCGGAGAGCGCGCGUUACCUGGAGCUUAGCCUGCGCCUCCACAGACUACUGAAGGAGAGCGAGGGGCGCUGUAGCCGCGCGUGCACACAGGACAACCUGCAAGACACCGACAUGGGCACGAGCCUGCGAAUUAUUAAACACAUCCUCACGCGCGCGGCGUGCGUGAAAAAGUGUAAAGCGGAAAUGCCCGUGUUUUCUAAAAAAUACCCGAAACCCGAAACUCUGGAGGCUUUUGCCACGAGGACGCCGUACCGGUAUUUACAAUUCGCUUAUUAUCAGAUGAAUAAUCUGGAAAAAGCUGUAUCAGCAGCACACACUUAUCUCCAGCGUAACCCGGGAGACCCGCUAAUUUCCAAAAACAUGAACUUUUACAAAAGUCUGUUUGACAUUGAAGAGUAUUUACUGGACCAGGAGGAGAAAAAACAUGAGUCACUCUUCCUGAAGGCGGUGCUGCUGUAUAAUGCAGGAGACUUUAGCAGGUCGGUGGAGAUGAUGGAGGAGGUGUGUGAGGAGUAUUUGCGUGUGUAUGAUGAGUGUGUUUCAGCAUGUGAGGGAUCAUAUGAGGUGCAAGAGGUUAAAGAUUUUCACCACACACUCGCAGGGUUGUUUAUGGAGGUAAUGCAGUGUAAAGUGAGGUGUGAAGAGGAUUUAACUCCCAAUGUUGGUGGAUUUUUUGUGGAAAAGUUUGUUGCCACCAUUUACCACUACAUGCAAUUUGCAUAUUAUAAAUUGAAUGAUGCCAGUAAGGCUGCUCAGUGUGCUCUUAGUUACCUGCUCUUUGAUCCUGAUGAUCAGGUGAUGCAGCAAAAUGUUGCAUAUUAUAGAUUUCACAAAAAGCAGUGGGGUUUGAGAGAGGAGGAGUUUAAACCCCGCCCAGAAGCUCUUCAUUACUUAAAUCAGACAAUGAAACAAAAAAAUUUGCUGGAAUUUGCACGCAACUAUUUACAGAUAGAUGAUGAGGAUAUUGUGAGUCCAGAGGAAUCCCCUACUCUCUCUUCUCCUGAUGAAGAGUUUGAUGGAGCUGGUGAUUAUGAAGAGUCGUUCCUUGCUGAGUGGUGGCAGGAACCCAAAACUAAAGGAGACACUGGAGAAGCAGAAUGAAACACACAUGAUCUGCAUCAACAUCAGUGGUGUGUGUAUGUGAAACACUGACUGCUGAAGACAGGAAUUAUUCCUUCUUCUCUUGCGAAAACACACAUUGAUGAAGAACAAUCAGGACUGGCAGAGAGCCUCUGGUGCCCCACCACCAUUAUUAUUAUUAUUAUUAUUAAUAAAUAAUAAUAAUAUUAUUAUUAUUGUAUAGCUCCGCUGCAGGUUUACUGUGAUUAGCGCAAUACUUUUUUUAAUGCAAAAAUUUUUCAUUGAUGUUCAUUUUAUCAUUCUCGCUUUUUUUCCCCCUCUUCUUUAAAGUACCAUGCAGGACAGUACCUAGUGUCAGCACCUAGGACAGCACCAAGUGAAUCGGAGUCCUCUUGUCUCAUGCACUCACAAUUUGACCCAUAUUAUUUGCCACAGUGUCUUGUCAUCAUGUGUCAUGAAAUACAUUUUAGGGUCUUCUUUUAGACCUUUUUAGAGAUUUUUUUUCCUCAUUAACAUGCAGUGACAGACACACUUGGUACUCACAGAUGCAGUGUAUUCUCUGACUCUACUCCUCUGGGGUAUUUUCUUCCUCUAUGAGGUUUGGGUAAAACAGCUAAAACAAUGAGAGCGGGGUCAUAUUCCAGUACCUCUAUUACUGCUGGUAAUGUUUCACCUUUACUAAAUAAACAGUAGGUAUUAUUUUACUACAAACCAACAAACCACAUUUAUUCACCUGUUAACAUAAAAUACAUCACAAAAAUAUCAGCAAAGUAUCCAUGUUUUUUACCCACACCUACUACUGACAAGGCAAGUUGAAUGCAGCAUAUGGUUUGUCAAAGUGAUUUGACUGAAGGAAGUGAAUCAGACCUGCUUUCCUUGUAGAGUAUGUUUAAGUAAAGGAAUAGUGAGUCAGAUCCAUGUGCAUGAGAAUUAUUGCUGACAAUGGGCCUCACUUAUCUGAAUACGAAUGCAUUUAUUUGGAAAACAAUUUUAAAAAUGGGUACUUGCACAAGAUUCUGUAAAAAUCCUGAAUAUUUGGAAAAAAAUUCAUAUUCUCCUACAUUUCCUGCAUGUGUAAAACUACUCUGUGAAUGUUCAUUGUUAAAAGCACUAUAUAACUUAAAUGAUUGGGAAUUGCUUGCCUUUUAUAUAUGGACUAUACUGUUAAGUUUAAGGUGCUUAAUAUGCAUAUGCCUUUUAACGGACAUCUUUAUCCAGAGUGACAUACAGUACGAGGAAAAUUUUUGGACACACCACCUCCUUCAGUGUUUUUUCUUGAUUUUUAAUUAUUUAAAAGGCUGUACAUUAAUACUGAAGACAUCUAAACUAUGAAAGAACAUGUAUGGACUUAUGUAGUAAACAAAAAAAAGUAUUAAACAACCUAGAACAUACUUUAGAUUGCUCCAAGUAGCUACAUUUAUUUUUGAUGACAGCUUGGCCCACUCAUGGCAUUCUCUCAUCAGAUUCACCAGGUAGUCACUGGGAAUGGUUUUCAGUUUACAGGUUUGCCUUGUCAAGAGUAGAUUUGUGAUAUUUCUUGCCUUCUUAAUGUGCUUUAGACUGUGGGUGUUCAACCUUAUCCACAAAGGGCCCAUGUGGUGCAGGUUUAGACCUUAGAGCUUUAGAGAUUUCUUGUGCAGAGCAAUAGUAAGUACAGAGUCAAUGGUCCUAUUUGUGCUACUAAAACUACUUUACAAAUCCAUAUUAUGGCAAGAAAAGAAAAAAGACCAGUAUUACUUUAAGAAAUGAAAGUCACUCAAUACGAGAAAUGUCAAGAACUUUGAUUGUAUCUGCAAGUGCAGUUGCCAAAACCAAUGAUGAAACGCUCUCACGAGGACAAUCCCAUGAAAGGAAGACAAGAACUACUACUGCUAAAGUUUAUUAGAAUUACCAGACUCAGAAACUGCAGAUUUACAGUACAUCAGAUUACAGCUCACGUAAAUGCCUGUUUGAGUUCAAGAGGCAGACAUUUCACGAUCCACUGUUCAGAGGAGACUGUAUGAGUCAGGCCUUCAUGGUUGAAUUGUGGCCAAAAAAGGGUUAGAAAAAUUCAACUUUAUUGUCAUUGAGCAGAGUACAUGUACAGAGGCAGUGAAAUGCAGUCAGCAUCCAACCAGAAGUGCAUGAGUGGCAUAUUUAUGAUAAAUUACAAUAAAGAUAUAUAGCUAUGGGGGUGAUUGAACAGAAUGUAUUUUGUACAGGUGUAGUAGGUAUAAUAAAUAUGAACUAUAUAUGUAUGUACAAUCAAUGUAUAGUACUGAAGACAUGUUAAGAAUUAACAUGCUAAACAAGAUAUACAGAUGGAUAUGUAUAUAUUAUACAUGGUAUAUUAUAAAUAGUAUUGUUGUGUACAGGAUUAAAAUGUACAGUAGUGCAAAGAUGCCAGGUGUAUAACAGUUAGGUAAAGUAAAUGAGGAUGGGUUCCCUUCUGAGCCUGGUUCCUCUCAAGGUUUCUUCUUUAUUCCAUCCCAGGGAAUUUUUCCUUGCCACUGUCGCCAUAGGCUUCUCAUUAGGGAUAAAAUAAGGAUAAAAUAGCUUAAUAAUUAAAUUUAAUAAUUUAUUCUUAUUUCUAAUUUUUAUUUUCAUUUUUCCCCUCCACUUUCUGUUUCUCUUCUUUUGUAAAGCUGCUUUGAUACAAUGUUCAUUGUAAAAGGUGCUAUACAAAAUAAACUGAAUUGAAUUGAAUUAAA